AUGUCGAUGAUGUCUGUCAAACUACUCUUGCAACUCCUUGCCCUCUUCGUAUGAAACACUUCAUGUUUCAGAAGGCCAAAGCUGACACCCAGUUGCCCGCAUGGGCCUCCCCUAUUCCUCAGGACGAGUGCAAUGACGAGGCUCCUCCUUCUGGUGACGACGACAACGCUGGCAGCAGACUUGUUAUCAUGUACGAGCUUCACAGGUACCUCGUCACGCGCGUCUUUGAGUUUGCAGACCACACCAAGUUCGUUGUCCAGUAUUUGGUCGUCACCAUCCAGGAACACUGUGUGAUGCGCAUUCCGAACCCGCUCGCAAAGCACUUGCGCCCAAUACCCUCUCAGCAAACCAAUCACCCACUUAGCAAGGAAGGUACCCUCCCUUCGACGACUCUCCUCAAGACUUUCUCUCCUGUUGAGCGCGCAGCCGCCAUUGUCAUUGUGGUCUUUGCUGCACUCAUGACCCUUGCCUCUCUCAUCACUAUCGGCAUCUUUGUCUAUCGCAAGCUUACUGGUGAUGAGGCCAAGAAGGGUGCUGAUGGUAUGCUUGUCAAGUACGGCUUCAACGAUGCCGAGAAGCAGGAAUGCCAGCGUCUUAUGGAUGCAUCCGCUGAUGAGGAGGAGCCUGAAGUGGCUCCUGCUUACGAGUCGCGAGCACAGCAGACUGUUGCCGUGGUCUAAGCGCGAUUGUGCAACUAUAGAGAGAAAACCCAAGUCUGAG